AUGGAUUUGGCUGAAAAGCGUCGUCAGCUAGAAGAAAUUCGCGCUGCACGUGAGGCUAAGCAGCGCUCUGUGCAGCAGCAACAGCAGCAGUUAAAGCUACAGCGCGGUGGUUCGCAAUCUUCGACUGCGUUUCUGCGUAGUAGUACAGCGAGAUCUUCGGCUUCAAGUUUGGCUGUAGGAAACAGUGUAGUUGAGGGUGAUAAGUUGGGUCGUGUGGGUUCAACGGCAUCAUUGGUGAGUGUACGUGGGGAACAACGACUGGAUGAGCUUAAAACGCAAACGACACGGAAGUUACCCUCUUCACUAUCAGUUCGACAGGUAAUGUUAAAUAGACGGUCAACCGUUGAAACUGGCGUAGGGGAAAAUAUAAAUAAAGCACAGACUGAAUCAGAAACAGGGUUUACAGUAGAUACUAGUGGUCCUGGUCCGAAUUCGUGGAAAAUAGAGGUUGGUAUUGGUGCACUUUCACUUGAACCUACGGAUGAUAUUGAAGAUAUUUCUGUUAAUACCUCUGCUCGUUCUUUGCCACUCAAUAUGACAACGACGUCUGUUUCUGAUAAACCACUGGAAGAUUCUUCCGAAGCACGAUCUCGUGUUACGUCAAUGAUUGGAACUGCAAUGCUUAUAUCACACUCACUUCGUGCAGAGUCAUGGUUAGGAUGUGAGGGUCGUUGCGUGCUGGAUGUUGCGGUACUUCAGUACAAUUUAUCUGAAGGAGAUACUGACGCUGAUGACGAUUCACUUAUUUCUGCAGCCGCUCUUUCAGAGCCACAUAGUGUGGAGGUGAAGGCGGGUGAUGUAUCGCACAACGAAUCAUUGCAAAGUGGUGGUGAAACAACUAUCUCUACAUCAUCAGAGAAUAUUGGGACAUCAAAGGGCCUUGUGCUUUUGUGGUGUAUUCCACGUGGUAAAAAGGAUGAUGGAGCUUGUGCAGUUGUGCCACUUCGUUUUGGAAGUGAGAUUCGUUCUCUUGCAUGUACACGUCAUCGUCCUCAUCUUCUUUUUGGUGGAGCUGCAAAUGGUUCUAUUUUGGUAUGGCGCAUUGAUCAUGCAUUACAGGGAUGUAGAAGUGCCGUUAUGUCUAUUGACCCUGAAAGACCAUCAUCGUUAAAUUUAGGAACAUUAGCUUAUACAGGAGCAUCAGGUGUUGUUGUAGCAGGUGCUGCUAUGGGGCCAUUUGAGCAGUCCUUCCCAUCACCACAAACACAUCAAUCUCCUGUUCUUAGUAUGGCAGUUCAUGGAGAUGCGAAUUACCAUCACCUUUAUUCUGUGAGUCAGGAGGGUCGUGUAUGUAUGUGGUCUUUACAGCAACUGCGUUUACCUUCAUCAAGCCGUGAUGGGUUAAUGACUGGACAAUUUAUUGGUUCUUUAGGUUCAUGUGCAGCUUUUGUUGAUAAGGCAGCUGAUGCCAUGAGUAAAGUUGUUAUUGGUUGCCUUGAUGGUCAUGUUCUAGAAGGACGUACAAAAAGUUCACGUGUAGUGGAAUUUCGUUCAAUCACAACUCCACCUGUUUCUAGUUCAAUGGUUUCACCGAAUGAUACUUCUUCAAAUACAACAGAUACACCAAUGCACAGAUCACGCAGUCCAGGAGUGGGAAAUAGCAUUCCUGCACAUGGCGCUGCGGUUGUGGCAGUGGCCCCACAUCCACUUCAUGCGGAUCCUCGUAUCAGUGAUACUGUUCUUACGGCUGCGGCGGAUGGGAGUUGUUUUCUUUGGCUUGGGUCGCGACGUAUUAACAUUGAUGGUUUUUCCGCGUUAGUGAAUUGUUUACGGUGGUCUCCUACACAUCCUGCGGUAUUCUUUGCUGGGGAAAGUAAUGGUCGAGUGGCUGCUUGGGAUUUAUCACAGAACUCCUACGCACCUGUGGCAUUUGUGUAUCUACGCUCUUCCUCUACAACAGGCGGGGGAUGGGGACGUACUUCUUCAGGGACAAUUCCAAUGACAACGAUGACUACUCCAACAACAAGAACAACAAGAAAAACAUCUACAACUACUAAAACUACUACUACUACUACUACUACUAGUACUAAUGCUGCUACUACUACUGCUGUACCGGCACAUCGUAGUGCUCCAGUCACGAGUCUUUCUUUCUCAGACGAUGGUACUUGGUUAACCUGUGGUACUGCUACUGGAGAGAUACAUUUUUUGCGUCUACGCUCUGACCUUAUAUUGGAGAAAAAGGACUUCAAUCAUCGUUUAGAGGAAGGGAUGAAGGAAGAUCCUUCCACUGCAUCUGGUGGUAUUGCUUCUGCGGCUUCUGGCAAUUACACUUCAUUAUCUUGGAUUGAUGCACGUUUUGUAUCUUAG